AUGUCGCCAAACCCUGACGAUACAUGGAAGGUUCCACCAAAUACAACAUGGAGCGCGAUGAUCUCGCAGGAGGCAGAUGCCAGCCCAGACAAGGGUGUCUCAGAGUGGGGAGAUCUUUCGGCGAGAGAGGGGCCCUCCAGAUGGAAGCUUCUCAUCGUUGUCAUUGACUGUAGCUAUGGACCGCGGCUCUCGAAUCCUCCGAGGUCGAUCCGUGCGCUGAAGGCAAAACUGGCUGCUGCACUCGGAAUUGAGGCAUUGUCAAAGCAAUCUGGCACUGGUGGCGCAGAGGCAGCAUCUGCACAAGCAAUCGUCUCGGGUGUUGAAGGGCCUCAAAGACAUCUAAUCGAACAGGACGAUGACCUGUGUGGCUUUUGGGACAGGGUAGCGACCAAUCCUGGUGUGUCUGAGGCGGAUGCAGAGGAGGUACGUAGAAUAAGCAAGUCACUGACGGUUCCUACGUCCUCUUUGCCCGGAACUAUGCAGCACACCUGGGGCUC